GCGAAAGUAAGACACUGUAAAGUCAGUUCCGGUGAGACAACAACAGUGGGGCUGGUUUUCGUUUAAGCUGCAAAAUGGCUCAAGCGCGGGUUACCGAUUAUUUUGCACAAAGUAAAAAGGGAGGCGCCGCUCGGUCUUUACGGUCCAAGGGACAAAAAGUGUCCGUCAACGACGUACAAUCAGCGGCGAUCACCAAACCGAAGACAUCCAGAGCCACACGCUCCUCGCGCACUGCGACGCUGUCCAUCGCCUCACCGGAGCCGCAGAAAUGCGUCCAGCAGGAGUUUCUCAAAGUCAUCGACGAGGCUUUAUCAUCGGAAAGUGCAGAUACGGCGACAGACCCGAGUGAUGCGAAACUAACCGCGAGUCCCCGCACUCCUAAAAGAAGCUCUGCGGAGUUUGAUGUGUGCGCGGCCGUGUUCCCGUCCACAACCGAACUGCACAGCAGCGCCAAGAAGCGCCAGCGGCUCCAUACGGGACAGAAGCACGAGUCGGUACGAGAGGAGCGAACCGGAACCAAGAGCGCGAGGAAAAAACUGGAUCUGUUGAGACACGACGGUACAGAGCAGAGCUGUGAACCAUUGGCCUCCAGCGCUCCACAGCUUCCAUCACAAACCACCAGCAAAGAGUCCAAAAACACCGUUAACCAUAAUGCAAAUAAUUCUCCUGUACAAAAGCCGACUGAAGACGACAAACCCAAAGGGACAACCAGGAGCAAGAAACCGCUUUGCAGAGAGGACGUGGCGGCGUUAAAGUCAAAGCUUCAAAAACUCAAAGAAAAGUCUGAGCGCGUGUCGACUCCCUCACCCGCGCCCGUGUCAUCGCUCGCUGAGCUGAAGGCUCGACUCGAUGCCGCUCGUGAGAUCUCGGCCAAGGUUCAGCAGAGGAAAGCCGAACGAGUUGCGGAGGAACCAAAAGCGACUUCAGCUCAACCAGAAGAUCAGGAGGGAAGAGCUAAGCUUCCAGGUUAUCAGCGGUAUCACACUCUCGCUCAGGAUGUCCCUCCUGGUCUCACGCUGCCUUUUAAAUACAAAGUUUUGUCUGAGAUGUUUCGCAGUCUGGAGACUAUAGUCGGCAUGCUCUUCAACCGCUCCGAGACCGCCACCUUUGCCAAGAUUAAGCAGGGGGUUCAAGAUAUGAUGCACAAGCGUUUUGAAGAAAGCCACCUGGCACAGAUAAAGGCCGUGUACCCUUCUGCUUACACUUUCCGCCAGGAGAAAAACAUUCCCGGGUUCAGUGCCACUGCGAAGAGAUCCGCUUUCCAGCUCACAGUGGAACCGGUCAUUGAUGAAGAGUUUAAAGGUACACGACCAGUGUUGUCCGCAUCGCGAAUUUUGGAAAGAAGGCACGUUUUUCACCAAAACCUGGUUGAAAUUGUGAAAGGACAUCAUAAGGUGUUCUUGGCUUCAUUAAAUCCUCCCAUCGUCAUCCCGGACGACAAACUCACCCGCUGGCAUCCGAGAUUCGCUGUGGAUGAGGUUCCCAACAUCAAACCCGGUGACCUGCCACAGCCUCCCCAAACUGACAAGAUGACCACAGCUCAGGAGGUGCUGGAUAAAGCACGAGCUCUCAUGACACCAAAGAUGGAGAAGGCUUUGGCAAACAUGGCAUUGAAAACAGCAGAGACUGCGUGCGUAAAGGAGCCCGAGCCUGUAGCAAAACCUGCGGUGACCCCAACAGAAACGCCCAGUGCCCUCAAAGGAGUUUCUCAGUCUCUGCUGGAGAGGAUUCGUGCCAAAGAGGCUCUAAAGCUUCAAGCCGCUAUGACACGAAACCCGCAGCAGGAGGAGCGUCUGGCCAUGAUGUCACGACUACCGGAGAUGGCCAGGAUCCUGAGAAAUGUGUUCGUAGCAGAGAAGAAACCGGCCCUUAUCAUGGAGCUCACCUGUAAUCGGAUGAUCUCCAGCUACCGUUCCCCACUCAGUGCUGAUGAAAUGGAGAAGCAUCUUCGUCUGCUGGCCGAGUUAACACCUGAAUGGCUAACAGUUCAUCCAAUCAGAAAGGACAUAUAUCUGAAACUAAACAAGACGACGGAUCUAAACAUCGUUCUGGAUAAAUUAAACCAGAAGAUGAGAGAAGAGGAGCGGCUCUGAGGACUUUCAAAUUU